CGCGUAUGAUCAGUACGUAUGAUCUCGUACGUCGGCCAUACGCCGAGCCCGUGCGUUAACGUAGCAUCAGCGCGCGCACGAGCAAUAGUUUUAAUGAGCGAUUUCACAAAGGACUGACGGUCAGUUGCGUACCAGCAAGCGUGGUUGCCGUUGCUUGUCUAUGCACGUUUUUUGAGGUUACUUUUAAUUAAAUUUAACAAUGAAUCAUUUAAAAAUCGACACUGAACUCUUAAUUAGUGCGAUUGAAUCUAAAAAUUGCAUAUGGGACAUUGCCUGCGAUGAAUAUAAGAAUAGAGAUAUUAAAAAUGCAGCAUUUUUGGAGGUAGCCGCUGUUGUUGUACACGAAUUUGAUAGGUUAAGUGAAAAAGAAAAACAUGAAACAGUGUUACUAAUACAAAAGAGAUGGAAAACUGCUAGGGAUGCCUAUGUACGAGAUAGAGCCAAACUAUGAAAAAUGAAAAGAGUUGAUUCUGCUAAGCAUAUAAAAAAGUAUAUCUAUUUCGAGAACCUAACAUUUUUAGAGAAAACGAUUG